AUGAACAUCGACAACACGACCCUCGUCCUCCUGGGCAUCUUCCUCGCCCUCAUGCUCUGGCAGCGCAUGAAGCCGCAGUCUCUGGUUCACCCUCUCAUGCUUGGCAAGCAGGCCGAGCCGGGUCCCGUUCGCAAGACGGGUGAGAGUGCGAUCUACCGCUCUUGGGCGACUGGCCAUAACGCUCCGCUGACAACGCAGCUUCAACUGCGCCCUUCGGGCCAGGCCAAGACCGUCCCGGACAUGAUCCCCAAGGACAAGGGUCGGCCCGAGUCUCGCCAGCUUCUCGGUGCGGAGCUGGACAGCGCUGGCCUCUCGCAGACUGCGACGAUGCUGCCGGGUGGUCUGCGUGAGCUCUUCCCUGACCUUGCGAGGGCGACGAAGGACUCUCCCGCGCCGAUCGCCGCGUUGAUCCCCCCGUCCACGGCUACUGGUCUUCCUCUGCUGCUCCUGUCUCUCGCUUCUCGUCCUUCGACUCCUCUCGUUGUUGUGCCCCGUCCCAGUGCGCUCCCCGCCGCCCUCAAGGGCCAGGGCAUGCCGCAGGCUCCCAAGCUCGUCGUUCUGCAUGUCGCUUCCCUCGACCGUCUGCCCGAGAUCGAAUGCUCCGUCCUGCUUGUCGGAGACCCGCAGAAGAAUGCCGCCCCGCGUGUUGGAGACAGGAAGAAUGUUCAGUGGUGGGAGGACGUCUGGGCUGCUGCAGAGGUCGUGCCCAACUACACUGAGGAGGUCAGCUACAUCGACACGCACAGCUACAGGUACAACGAGACGGGCACCGAUGUCGCAAAGGCCAUGCACGUUAACAUGACGGCCGGCGUUGCGUCGCUCCUCGCCAUCUUUCCCGCCGAGAAGCGCCCUGGUCCCAAGGACACGAUCGCCAGCAGCCAGAGCCUCAACACGCCGUUCGGCAUGGGCAUUGCUCUCGCUGCCGUUCUUAGUGGUUCCAGCAUCAAGCUCGUUGGCUCGCCUGAGCCUGUGUGGGGCGCCUCGAACCCUGCUGCCGACAUGAUCGCGCUUGCUGCCAGCACAGGUCCUCGUCCCACGAUCCUCAUUCUUACGCCCGCGCAGGAGGCUGCAGUUCUCGCCGGCCUGUACGACACCUACGCGAAGACGCCCUUCUCCUCCCUCGCCGGCCGGCACAUGCUCCGCAACCUGUCCGGCGGCCACGUCUCGCGCGAAGGUGUCUGGAACACGCUUGUCUGGAGCAGCGUGCGCGCCUCUGUCGGAGGGCUCGCCGCCGACGCGCGAGCGAACAUUGUCGUCGGCCCCGUCCCCGAGUCGCUCCUCACGCCCGCCGCUGCGCUAUUCUCCCUUCCUCUCAUCCGCGUCACGAGCUCGCAGUGGGCCUCGGGACCCCUGACGGCCACGCACUUCUACGACCUCCAGAGCCCUGGUGGCGAGAUCGCCCUGCCCCGUCCCGGGGGACCGAUCGCGUCCGCCGGCCCGCCGGCGAACAACGUUGAGCUCCUCCUCAAGGGCGUCGCGGAGCCUUGGCCCGAGACGGGCAAGGUUGCCGGCCACGUCUGGGCGCGCGGGCCGAGCGUGCUCGACAUCCUGGGCGUGACUGGAUCUGAUGGAUGGGUCGACACGGGCUACGAGGGAGGCGUGCUCCCAAACGGCACGUUUGUCGUGGAGGCGUAA